UCAUAGAUUAUGGCUUUAGAGUACGUAUUAAGCGAAAAAAAUAAGUAUUUACUUAUUUAUCAAGGUUUUUUACACGUAAAAGAACGAGAACAUGAAAAUAAAAUAUAUUGGAAAUGUUCAGAAUACAAAAAAAAUCACUGUAAAGGUCGUGUACACGUAAUAGACGAAAAAGUCACCAAAUAUAUUGAACAUAAUAAUCACGUUCCAAAUGCAGCAAAAAUCGAAGCAAAAAAAGUUAUUUCAAUUUUAAAGAAAAAUGCAUCACAAACAACUCUCAGCACACAUUCAGUUUUAGGAAACACAGUUAUGCAGGUAAUUCAUAUUUUAGUGGCAUAGAAAUGGAUAAAAUAUUAAUUAUGAAAAUUAAACUAAAUUAGGUAACAAGUGCAGUUUCCGCGGAAAUGUCGAGUGUUAAUACCUUGAAAAGGACAAUUCAACGUUUGCGCCAAAAGGAGGAAGCUGCACCGGCUAAUCCAAGUAAUUUUGAAUUUAUUAUACCAGAUCAAUAUAGGUAUAACUCUAAUGGCGAAUUAUUUUUAAAAUUCGAUAGUGGUCCUACUGAAUCUCGUAUUUUAAUAUUUACAACUCAACAAAAUUUAGAUUUUAUGAGCGAAUGUGAUAAUUGGUUUUGCGACGGAACAUUUUCAGUGGCACCCCCUAUUUUUUCUCAGUUAUAUACUAUACACGGGGUGUAUUAUUCCAACGUUAUUCCUAGUGUUUACAUAUUACUGCCAGAUAAAAAAGAAAAAACUUACCGUCACAUGUUUGAAAUUUUAAAAUCACUGAAACCAAAUUUAAAUCCAAAAAGUAUUAUGAUAGAUUAUGAAAGAGCAGCUUUAAAUGCUAUCGAAAUGGAGUUUUGUGAUACAGAGAUAAAAGGUUGUUUUUUUCAUAUGUCGCAAUGCAUUUGGCGUCAUGUACAAGAAUUGGGCCUACAGACAACUUAUCGAAAUGAUCCAGAGUUAUCAUUAAGAAUUCGAAUGCUACCCGCAUUAGCAUUUAUUCCAGAAGCAGAUGUAAUUAAAUGUUAUGAUGCACUACUAGCUACAAGUUACUACACAGAUAAUGAGGAUCUACUGGCGCCGCUGUUGGAUUAUUUCGAGAAUACAUGGGUAGGAAAAUUAGAUAGGAGAGGAAAAAGAAAACCACCAAAAUAUGCAAUCACAUUAUGGAAUUGUUUUUCGAGAGUAAUCCAAGAUUUAGCUACAACAAAUAAUGCUAUAGAAGGGUGGCACAAUUGUUUCACAUCACUUAUAAAUGGUAAGCAUCCUUCAAUUUGGCGGUUUAUAGAUGCAUUAAAAAAAGAAGAGAGCAUAAACAGAUUCAAAAUCGAGCAGUACGUAGGUGGCAAUGAGCCUCCAAAAAAAAAAAAUUUACCGAGAUAG